CCUUUUCUUGUUCUUGUCCAUCUCGAUCCAUCCCUCCACCUGCAGCAACGGGCAACCCAACCAAAGCAGACGAUCGACGAUAUGCACCCGGUGCCUCCGCGGUCGAGCCCCAGCAACAUCGCCACCGGCAAGAGGGUACACCCUUCCGACGCCGACGCCCUUCACCACAGCUGCCCCGCCGCCGCGGACGAUGAUCUACGACAUCAGCCGCAGCCGGCGCUCUACACGGUGUGGAAGAGGUCCAGCAUGGGCUUCCAGGGCACCGACGGCUUCUCUGUCUACGACGACGCCGGCGCCCUCGCCUUCCGCGUCGACAACUACUCGCGGCGCCGCAAGCUCUUCGCCGGCGAGCUCCUCCUCAUGGACGGCCAAGGCGCGCCCCUUCUGGCACUCCGCCCACAGGUCUCUAAUCAGUUGCAUAAUUUGCAGUUCGUUGCGUUUUAUUAGGGACGACAUUGUAGAUUAAUACUAACUACUC